CUCCCCCCGCCCCCUCCGCCAUUAAAAGAGCUCCGACCUCCGUCAUACUCAGCUCUUUCGACCCUUCGAUACAUGUAGAACCCUAUUCCCCUUUCACACGCUCGAUCCCUCUCACCUCAGCGGUCUGCGGCAGGUCCUGUUGGUUCUUGAUCACUGCGUUGUGGAGGAGCUGCUCCGAUCCAAGCUUCCUGGUGGAGCGGUGGGCAUCUGGUGAGUUCUGGAGCCCUGAAUCGAUGCUUGGUUUGCACAGAAGAGCAGGAGGCACUUUGUCUCCCGCUCUUCCCUAUUGUCGUCACUUCUUUCAAGUGCGGAUCAUCAGAGUUUGCCUUUUGUUCGUGACUACUAAGCUAUCAAGUGGAGUGUUCGUUGAUUUCUAAUGCUGCUUUCUCCAUCACUAGGCAUCUUUUGAAACAAAAAAUAAAAGAAUAAUCGUCGCUUUUUGGUCUUUGCAUGAAGUGCGGUAUACAGUCUUUUGAUUGGCUUCGACCCACGCCAGUGCAAUGGCAGAAUGGUUCAGUUCAUGGUUGUUCUAGCCUUUCUUAGUGUGGUUAUUGUAUAGCGCCAGUCAGUCGACAAAUUAGCAAAGAUGAAAGGGAUAGAACUUGUGAGCAUGCUUUUCUUUUCACUACCACUGCUAGCUUUGGGAAGUGGGGAGGUAUAUAUCGUGACCGUGGAAGGAGAGCCUGUCGUGAGUUACAGUGGUGGAGUUGAUGGAUUCUCUGCAACAGCUAUAGAUUUAGUGGAAGAGAUGGACAUCACCAGUGAGUCUGUUACAUCUUAUGCCUUUCACCUGGAGAAAAAGCAUGAUGCUCUUCUUGAUUCACUCUUUGAAGUUGGGACCUAUAAGAAGCUCUACAGCUAUCGACAUCUUGUUAAUGGUUUUGCAGUUCACAUCUCUCCUGAACAGGCUGAAGCUCUCAGCAAGGCACCUGGGGUCAAAUAUGUGGAGAAAGACAUGAAAAUAAAGAAAUUCACCACACACACCCCUCAAUUUCUGGGUUUACCAACAGGUGUCUGGCCAACACGUGGUGGUUUUGACAGAGCAGGAGAAGACAUUGUAAUUGGUUUUGUGGACUCGGGAAUUUAUCCAAAGCAUCCUAGCUUUUCGACACACAAUACUGAGCCAUAUGGGCCUCUUCCUCGUUACAGAGGAAAGUGUGAAGUUGAUCCAGAGACUCAGAGGGAUUUUUGCAAUGGGAAGAUUAUUGGAGCACAGCAUUUUGCAAAAGCAGCAAUUGCGGCUGGUGCAUUUAAUCCAGCAAUUGAUUUUCCAUCACCUUUGGAUGGUGAUGGUCAUGGAAGCCAUACAGCAGCUAUUGCUGCUGGAAACAAUGGAAUCCGUGUCAAAAUGCAUGGAUAUGAGUUUGGAAAGGCAAGUGGCAUGGCACCACGUGCCAGGAUUGCUGUGUACAAGGUUCUCUAUAGGCUCUUUGGGGGAUAUGUAUCUGAUGUUGUUGCUGCUAUCGAGCAGGCUGUUCUUGAUGGCGUUGAUAUUCUUAAUCUUUCGGUGGGGCCAAACAGUCCACCGACAACAACCAAAGCCACAUUUUUGAAUCCUUUUGAUGCUGCACUUCUUUCUGCUGUGAGAGCUGGAGUGUUUGUUGCUCAGGCUGCCGGAAAUGGGGGUCCAUUCCCUAAAACCUUGGUGUCUUUCAGUCCAUGGAUCACUACUGUAGCUGCUGCUAUUGAUGACCGUAGAUACAAAAAUAAUUUGACCCUGGGAAACGGAAAAAUUUUACCUGGGCUUGGAUUGUCACCUUCAACGCAUGGGAAUAAGUCAUUCAAUCUGGUUUCCGCUAAUGAUGUCAUGCUAGAUUUGUCUUUGUUGAAAUACAACCCACUAGACUGCCAAAGGCCUGAACUGUUGAACAGGAACAAGGUGGAAGGAAAUAUUCUUCUAUGUGGAUAUUCUUUCAAUUUUGUUUCGGGAACUGCAUCAAUUAAAAAGGUGUCUGAGACAGCAAAAAGUCUUGGUGCAGCAGGCUUCAUUGUUGCUGUCGAGAACACCUAUCCGGGUGCCAAAUUUGAUCCUGUACCUGUUGAUACUCCUGGGAUCCUCAUCACGGAUGCCAGAAAAACGAAGGAACUUAUUGACUACUACAACUGUUCGACCACAAGAGACUGGGCGGGUCGACCAAUAAGUUUCGAUGCGACAGCCAGCAUAGCUGAUGGUUUGGCACCCAUACUGCAUAAAUCAGCUCCUCAGGUGGCAUUAUUCUCCUCCCGAGGACCAGACGUAAAAGAUUUCAGCUUUCAGGAUGCUGAUGUACUUAAGCCAGAUAUACUAGCUCCAGGCAAUCUUAUUUGGGCUGCUUGGGCGCCAAAUGGAACAGAUGAGGCUAACUACAUAGGCGAAGGCUUUGCUAUGGUUUCCGGAACCAGUAUGGCUGCUCCACACAUCGCUGGGAUUGCAGCCCUCAUAAAGCAAAAGAAUCCACAUUGGAGCCCCGGUGCUAUCAAGUCGGCUCUAAUGACAACAGCAACUACUUUGGAUCGAGGUGGCCGGCCUAUUUUAGCACAGCAAUAUUCUGAAACAGAAAUCAUGACACUGGUGCAGGCUACACCAUUUGAUUAUGGUAGUGGUGCUGUCAAUCCAAAAGCUGCUCUGGAUCCAGGACUCAUCCUAGAUACAACUUAUGAAGACUACAUCAGGUUCUUGUGUUCAGUACCAGAUGUGGAUCCUAAUGAGGUACGUAACAUCACUAGCUCGGCUUGCAACAGCACCACAGGCCUACCAGCCGAUCUAAACAUCCCAUCCAUCACCAUCUCCCAUCUGGAAGGAACUCAAACAGUGAAGAGAACAGUGACCAAUGUAGCCGAUACCGAAACAUACGUCAUCACUACUAGAAUGUCACCUGAGAUCGCACUCGAAGCCAGUCCUCCGGCGAUGACGGUGCUGUCCGGAGCAUCUCGUGAGAUAACUGUGUCUCUCACGGUCAGGUCAGUGACCGGCGGAUACAGCUUCGGUGAGAUUCUCAUGAAAGGCGAUAGGGGCCACAGGGUGAGGAUCCCAGUGGUGGCCAUGGGCUUUGAUAGCUAGGAGAUACAAUGUCUUCAUCUUGGCGCUUGAUAUUAUUCUUUGUAGAUUAUAUAAUAAAAAGCUAAACAUCAUCUGUCAGUGUGAUGAAGAUGAAGCAAUAUAAAUCUUAUGGUAUUUUGAAGUUUCUGCUACUUACCAAAGAGCAGGACCAAUCGGAAAUUUAACAGUCAUUAUCAAAA